AUUGUAACAACGGUUGCGAUCCGUGAUGGUUCAGUAAAAAAAAAAAAAAAAAACCAUAAAAUAUACUCCGAUAUUUUCUCUCGCAAAAUAACAAAAUUAUUAACAUUAUUUUGCACAAAGCUAUGUGUAUCUCAAUGAUACAUAACAUAUUAUAUUUUACAUAAUAAUAAUAACCAAAUAGCAUAAAUAAAAUUAUAUUAUAACAAAAUGAAAAAAAAAUAAUUCUCUCGGCAUUGAUAGACACUUUCGCGCGACUGCAUUGCUUGCGCCUAAAAAGUAAAAUUCACCGGUAACAAAACCGCGCCCGCGUCAUUGGUUCAUCGGACAACACAAAAUAUAUACAAUUUUCACAGCUAACUAAAAAUUAAUUAAAUAAUUAAAUACCCAAUGCAACACGUUCUUCAAAAAUAAUUUUUAUGAGAGUAUAAUUAAAGCUGAUAAAAAAAAUCAAAAAAAUAAAAAAUAAAAUAGAGAAGAUAAAAUGCAACAACAUAUAGCUGAAACAUUGAUAUUAAAUGAGGAAAAAAUACUUGAAGCAAUUGAUCAACUUCGUCGUAGAAAAGCACGUCCAGAUUCUGAUAGAAUAUGUCAUUAUUUAUUAAAAAAAUAUUCAGUUGAUGCUAAAGAUACAAUUGAUGAUUUACAUCGUUUAGUUGAAAGUGAAAAAGUAAUACAAGUUGAUUAUAAAGGUAAUAAAAGUUAUCGUAAUGCAUUAAAUUGGACACGUUUACAAUUAUAUAAAAAUCGUCCAGAUGUAUAUGUCAAAGAAAAAUUAAAUUUAUCAUUAAUUAAUGAAUCAAUAACUCAAUUACUUGUUAAAGAACCAGAUUAUUUAUAUCAAGGUGUACCAUCACAACAUUUACUUGAACAAUUAAUUAAUCAUUUACCAUCAUCAAUAUCACGUAAAACAAUUGAAGAAUUUUUAAUAAAACAAGUUACAAUUGGUAAUAUUGCAAUGUUAACAAAUGGUAAUUAUUCAUUAGUAAGUGAUAACGAUAAAAAUAAUCGUAGAUAUUCAAGUGAAACAAGUAGUGAUGAUCGUGGUACAAAUAAAACAUCAAUUAAAAGUGGUAAUUCACCAGAAUAUCCAGAUGAUAUUGAUAGUAAUAAUCAAGAUUCACGAUCAAAUACAUCAAGACAACAAAGUCCAACAUCAUUUGAUCUAUCAAAAGAUCAUGAUUCAUCUGAAGAAUCAAAUAAUUAUUUAUCAUCACGUUAUUGUAAUAUUAUUAAUAAUAAACAAACAAUUAAUGAUAAUAAAAAACGUGAUUUAAAAGAUGAUAAUAAUUGUUAUUCUAACCUAAAACGUUCUUCCAAGUCAGAAAGAAAACAACGUUUACAAGUACGUGCUGAUGAUUCAAUGGAUUUAGAUAUUGACUUUGAAGAAUUUGAAAGAAGUGCUAAGGAGUUAAAAGAAUCAUUAAAAAAAUGUCGUGAAGUUGAAGAACAAUAUAGUGAUGAUAAUAAAGAUGAAGAUGAAGCCGGUAGAAGUUCAACAAAUACAUCACCAACACCGUCAAAUAAUAUUAGUGGUAGUGGUACUGGUGGUGGUAGAAGUGCAAGGCGUAAGAGAGCAAGAAAAGUAUUUGAUCCAUCAGAUAAUAAUGUUGUAAAACGUAAAAGAGGAAGACAAUCAACAUCAAUAAUAAAACCAACAAUUCAAGCACCACAAGAACCAAUUGAAUUAUCACCAAAAAUUAAUAAUAAAGAUGGACCAAAUAGACAGUGUAGUAUUUGUACAAAAGAUAAACCUGAGAGUCUUGUUGCUUGUCGUGAUUGUACACUUAGAGCUCAUCCAAGUUGUAUAUAUUCACCUGAAGAAUUAUUAUUAAAAACUGGAUACAGCUGGCAAUGUGCAAGAUGUAAAACUUGUGUUGUUUGUAGUGAAACAACAGAAUGUGGAAAUAUGGUGUCAUGUAUGAAUUGUAAUGAUGCAUAUCAUCACUCAUGUCAUAUACCAAAAAUACCUUCAAAAUCAUCAACAAAAUGGAAAUGUUGUCAUUGUUCUGAUAAAUAUAAUUCUGAUAAACCAGAUAAACCAGAUAAACCAGAAAAAUCAUCAAAAAUAAAAGAACAAAAAGAGCAAAAAGAUUUCAAAGAAAUGAAAGAAUUAAAAGAACCUGUAUUAAGUAUUAUAACAUCAAGACCAGAUACACCAACAAAUCCAUCAACGUUACCACCUGUAUUGAGUCCACAAGUAUCACCAACAAGAAGCUUAGGUGAUAGUAAUGAUUUAUCAAAUCGUGAUUCAAUUGAUCCAAAUAUACCUGAUGCUUCAGAUUGGACUUCUGAACAAGUAUAUCAAUAUUUUGCACGUUUAUUUGGACCAAAAGAAGCUGAAGUGUUUAGAGUACAGGAUAUUGAUGGACACUCAUUGUUGCUGAUGAAACGAUCAGAUGUAUUGAUUGGCAUGGAUCUUCUUCUUGGUCCAGCAUUAAAAAUUUAUCGUCAUGUUCUUAAAUUACAAAUGAGAAGAGAUGACACUAAAUUCUAUUGGCUGUAGAAAAUAAAUUAUGCUCAAUAUUGAUUAUUUUUUUUUAAAUAAGCUAAUUAAUCAAAAGUUUUUUUUUUCUUUUUUAAUUAUAUUAUUUUACUUUUCAUUUAAUUAAUUGUAUGUAAAUUAUUAAAUUGUCAUUAAAUAAAUACUAAAUAAGGUA